GUUUUGUUUAGCCAGGGGCUUACGAUUGUCUUGCUUAUCCUUCACAACGAUACAGCUAUGCUCAUGUGUAUAGCCAACUGCUUGCCAUGUAGCUAGGCCAAAGUCGGUUGCUUCUAAGCAGUCUUAAACCCAAGUAUGACAAUUAAAAUUUCGCUUGCUUGGAAGCAGAGGCUUUUGGUCACGGUCGGGCUGUUCUGCUUGCACACCUUGGGAUGCAUCGCCCGAGGGCUGGACUGCGACCGUCCUGAGCCGGCGAAGCGACUCUAUGUAUACGGGAACUUCAAUUACACUCACAGGAUCCGCACAACCCAUCCGGAGGCCCAGUCGCUGUUCGACCAGGCGAUGCUGCUGACCGCCGACUUCAACCAGCCCGAGGCACGCGCCUCCCUGCGAGCCGCGUUGUCGUACGAUCCGGACUGCGUCAUGUGCUGGUGGGGUCUGGCGCACGCGAGAGGUCCCUUCCAGAACAAGCCCGCAGUGGCCCCGCCCUCCGGCCCCUCCGCCCCCGCCUUCCCGCGCUACACCCGCCAAGACCGGCUGGAGGCCCUCGCAGCCAUCACCACCGCCCUGAGGCUGCUGGGGCUGUCAGAACUGUCAGGGCGGCAUCACGAGCCAGCUGCUUCUCCUCCUUCGCCCCCAGGGCCAGCCGGGCCGGCGCCGGCAGCGGCAGCAGCGGAAGAGCCCGGCGGAGCUCAUCAGCCCUCGGCUUCUUCCUCUUCACAGUCACCAGGGUCGCCCUCGGGAGGCGGUGAAGGCGGAAACCGGACUGCAGGCGUGCAGGAGACCGGAGGCAGCAGAAGCGGCGGCGGCUCAAAGGAGGCGGGCGAGGCUGCUGCUGCUCCAGCGGUAUCAGGUGGCAGUGGUGGUGGCAGUGGAGGUGGCAGAAGGCUGGUUGAGCGACUGGGGUUGCUGCGGCACUGUGCUGCUACUGCAGGGGGGCAGCAGUCCCAGCACGCAUCUUCCCAUGGCAGAAGGCACAUGACAGCGGCAGCGGCAGCAGCAGGGGAUGCUGCUAGCAGUGUCGGUGGCGAUGAAGGUGACGGCGGCGGUGGGUCGCUGGCUGCUCGCGAGCGGCGCUACGUGGCGGCGAUGGCCGACCGACUGAGUGUGGCGGCUGAGUGGGGCAGCGAGUGGGAGGCGGCGGAGCGGCGGUACGCGCAGGACAUGGCGGACAUCGCCGCCUGCUGGCCGGGGGACGCGGACGCCCCCGCACUGGCCGCGGAGGCGCUCGCCAACACCCGGCCCUGGGACUUCUGGGACCCGAUAACCGGUGAGCCCCGCGAGGUGACGCCGCUGGUGCUGCAGCUGAUCAACAUGUCAUUGACUCGGGACCCGCUGCAGCCGCUGGCACUGCACCUGCAUAUCCAUACCACGGAGCAGCUGCCCGCCGGCCGAGGAGCCGACCGGGCAGGCCUGGCGGAGUCCUCCGCUGACCGGCUGUCCGUCCUGUUCCCCGCCUUCGACCACCUGACCCACAUGGCCUCGCACACCUUCGUGCGGGUGGGGCGCUGGAAGGAGGCGGCGGAGUCCAACUUCGCCGCCCUGCGCGCCUCCGUGCGCGGCAGUCACAUGUGUCUGGCCUCGCUCUACCCCGACCACAACACCGCACUGGGGGUGUUCGCGGCCAGCAUGGGGGCGGAUGCGCGGAGGGCGGAGGUGUACGCGCGGGUGCUCAAGGAGCUGCCCAGGUUCGUUCGCGACGCCCCCGCCAGCCUGGGCUCCCAGUGGAGCGCACCGCUGCUCGUGUGGGUGCGGUUCGCGGCGUGGAAGAAGGUCCUGGCAGCGCCGCCGCCACCACACCCCGUGCCGCCGUCAUCGCCGCCGUCGCUGCUGUUGCCCGCUUCACCUGGCUUGACCACUAACAACACAGCGGCGCCGCAGCAGCCAUUGCAAACAACGGCAAAACCGCCUUCAAGAACAGCAGCAGCAGCAGCAGCAGGACAAACCGUGGUGGUGGUGCGGCCUUCGCGGCCGGAGGGGAAUAAGGCGAGGGAAACGAGGAAGACCCCCAGGACACUCAUCAUCCGAGGCAUGCAGCACCAGCAGCAGCCGCACUCCACCGCGACCCAUGGGUCGGCGGUGGCUACGGAGCAGCAUGCCACGGAGGCGAAUGCGGAGGCGGAGGCGGCCGAUGUGACUGCUGGGUAUCCAAACUUGGAUCUGGUGUUGGGUAACGGCAGCAGUAGCAGCACCAACAGCCGUCAUACGGAUUGGAGGCCGCUGCGGGGGCCCCUGUUAGAUACCGAGUAUACACCGGACGGAGCCGAGUACGCCCGCGUGUUGUGGCACUUCGCCCGCCUCAUGGCGCUGGCGGCGCAGCUGACGGAGGCGACGGAGGCAGCGACGGAGCCGGCCGCCAAUCUGACGUCGCCGUUACUUGCAGCCGCCGCCGUCACCCGGAAAGCCCUGCCGUACAAGAAGAGCCGGCCGUACGGUCCGCAACGUAUGUCGGUGGUGGCGUCAGCGGCGACGUCAGCGGCGGCGGCGGAGGUGGCGGCGGAGGUGGCUGCGGCUAGCCGUCGGGAGUUGGCGGCGGAGUUUGGCGCGUUGAGGGCGGCGGAGGCGGAGGUGCCGCCUGACGUGGCGGUGCCGCCGGGUCAGGGGCUGGGUAUCGAUGUGCCGGGGUACAAGCUGCUGUCGGCGGUGCUGGGACUGACGGCUGAGGCGCGUCUCGCCGUCCUUGAGGGCGACCUGGGUGCUGCUGCGGAGGCGCUCAGUCGCGCGGUGGAUGUGGAGGCGAGCGGGGGCUAUUACGAGCCGCCGCGACUGGGGCCGCAGCCGGCGCGGCAGUGCCUGGGCUGGGUGCUUCUGCGGGCGGGACGGCUGCGGGAGGCGCUGCAGACCUACCUGGAUGACCUCUCCCACUUCCCGGACAAUCCCUGGUCCAUCCGCGGACUGCACGCCGCCCUACCGCCCGCAAUGGAAGAGCUGGAGAGGGAGCAGCGGCAGCUGGAUGAGGCGGUGGCAGCAGCAGCGGCAGCGGGGGCAGCGGGGGCGGCGACAGCACGGGCGGGAGCAGGCGAGUCCGCACCGGCGUCUACAGCGGCGGCAGCCAGGGAGAAGAGAACGGCAGGAGGGGACGACCCCGCCGCCGCUACCGCCGCAACGGCGGCGGCAGCAGCAGCGGCGGAGGCGGCUGCGUUGCGGUUGCGUCAGGCGGAGGUAAGGAGGCUGCGGGCGACACUGCAGGAUGCGAACGCGGCGGUGGAGGCUGCUUCGAAGGCUACGUUGGAGGCGGCGAAUGCGCUGAGGAGCAGCUGCCUGGCGUUUUCGGAACGCAAGUGAGCACCAGCUGGAAAAGGUUGCGGGUGGUGGUGGAGCGACCCAUGGGUCGCAAGCCUUUCUUUGGUGUGAUGAGGUUCAUGAUGUGAAGCAGCCGUGUAUGCGCCGUACAGCACAGCACAGCACAGCACAUGCAGUUUCGUUACAGGACAGGCAGGGGGCAGUUGUAGACAUGCAGGUGAGGGGAGGGUGCAGUGGUCUUUCGCGUACAGAUGGGAAGCAUGGCGAACAAAUAGGGCGACAUGCCGGAGCCAAGGCACGGAGGCUGCACAGUUUGGCAUGAAGAUUGAACAUACAGUUUACUAGCAGGAUGUCCGGACGAGCAGAUGUCCAGAGCAGAUGUUAGGCAAGCAGGUUUGUGCUUUGCAAUAAGCUGUAGGCAUUAGCCAGACGUUGGUGCAUCAUGAAUUUUGCACGGCCUGACUGGUUGCCCGCGGGACCGCAGCGGCAGCAGAACGACCGCGGGGAGCAAUGCGGGGUGUUGCGAUUGCCGUACUGUAGUGGCACCAGACAUUGACGCUUGUUGUCACAGGGUUUUAUACUAGGACUGCUUUAUUCGUUCAGAACAGACUAAACACUUGCGCCCUUGCUAUGCACGUCGGCAGUUGAAUGGUUGUCCGGAGCGGUUGAGCGCCUAGGAACGAAGGGCUAGCGGCUGGCCGGCUGCACACCCUGGUGCACGGGCGACCUGAGAUGGAGAGAGAGUGUGGCGCAUUUGGAGGAUGCCGCAUUGCAGUUGCAGCGUCCUGUAAGUGGUGUCGAGCCACAUGAGCCGUAACCGUCGUCGUCUUCGAGGUUUCCCGGGUCGACACACGAUUUGACCGGGCGCCCGGCUCCCUUUCCAAGCAGUAAGCGUAGCUGGAUGCUCGGCUUUGUUCCAGGGUAGUCAUUCGUGCGCUCUUCGUAAUCGCCCUGUGCACGAUGUAAACCGUCAUCACCC